AUGGCCAAGACACUUCUCGUCUCCGCCCUCCUCCUCACCCUCACCAUCGCCACCACCGCAGCUCCCAUCCCCGCCACACCAACAACACUGGCCCCCUACACGCUGCCCAGCUCCGACACCAGAGGCAAAGACACGCACCCGAUGAACAUGCCGGUCGUCGCCCCCUGCAGCGAUCCGCGCUGGAACUUCGUCGGCUUCGCCGGCUGCUACGCGCUCGUCAACGGCGGCGAUUUCAACAACAAGGACUUUAACGCUCCGCCGGACGUGAUCAAGGGCUUUGACCAUCGUGAGAAGCCGCAGCGUCGCGAGGCUGAGAAGGAGGAUGAGGGCGCAGGCAAGGACGCUGGCGGGGAUCCUGUCAAGGUCGUGUGUGGAGACGGGUUGGAUGAGAAGUGUAUGCUGCUUGUUGGGGGACAUGGUGUUGUGAGGGAGAGUGAUGUUGUGGAGCGCGAGGUGGAGGCGCCCGUCGUCGAAGUGGAAGGGCCGGGAGAAGUGGAGGGCCCGGGGAUGAAGAGGCCGGAGAUGGAGACGGAGGCGGAGGAGGGAGGCCGUGUGGUGAAGUGGUUGGGCAAGAGGUCACCUUGGCAGUGGUGCCUUAAUGCGCUGGCUUGUGCGAACACGGUCGAGAAUAUGAAGGAUGGCAAGGACGGUAAGGAUGAUGAGUAG